AUGUCAUCACUACCCUCCGACGACUCUGCAGCUAUCACUGGGAUUAACGAAAACGACACUUUUCAAUUGUAUGAUCUUCGCGUUGAAGUGAUCUGUCCUCCAGGCAAGCGAAUCAUGUGCGGAGCCAAGGAAGGGGACCACUUCAUACUCGAAGGCGAGAUGCUCUGCCUUCCCCCGGGACAAGGUAUCUCCAUCUACUCCUUGAGCGCGGUUAUGCCUCUCCUCGCCGCGAAGCAGCGCGCGAGUGCAAACAGCGACUGGAUGUCGACGGAUGCGGAGGUCGCUUGUCCCGAUCCGUGCUGUCCUAGUCGGCUGCGAAUAACACGGACUGGCUUGCGCACGUUGAAGCAUGGCGACACCACACUCAUUCCGCUCCCCCCUUCGGGGGCAGGCGCAAGUCAAUGA